GCAAAAAAACAUAAACAGCAAAUAUGCACGCAUCCUCCCUUCUUUUCCUUAUGGCUUCCCUUACUGGCGUUCUCGGUGACAACAUCACGCUCGGCGUAGGUUCGACAGGUGGACUGUGCUGCGACCAUGGUACUGAAGACCCUUCCGGCACAUGCAAAAGACAAGGUCUAACUCCUUAUGGUUGCACUGAUCGGAGCUGGUCGGCUAAGCGUCAAUCUCGUUUUAAGAAUUAUGAGAAGGGUGGCUGCGACGUGGACUCGGUUAAAAACUGGCCAGUUGGACGAUAUGUUGUUACCUUCGUCCCUGGCAGCGUUGUGACGCAUCUGCAUGUGAGAACGUCUGACCUUGAAGUUGGGUAUAUUGGAUGUGUGUAAGGCAUACUCCAAAACCCACGGGCCCCCGGCUUUUUUGCACGUUGUGGGACAUGUGCCUCGAUA